AGCUUGAAGUGGACACGAAGGCAGCUCUAUAUUAGCAGAGGUAUCUUCAACAAAUGCGGACCUAAUCCCUGGAAUGCGUUUGUCAAACAAAAACUGGAUGAGGAGAACGAAGGACGUGCACCGGGAGAUCGAUUCAAGCUUCCUGCAUUUAUCAAAGCCCGCAGUUCAGAAUUGACGUCGACCUAUUUGCAUUUGACAUCAGCCGACAAGAAUCACCUGCGGGAGAAUAUCAACACAUAUCGCCAGUCACAUGUGAAGGUCACACGUGCAAACCCUAAGACACUACAAAAGGACGUGAAUGCAACAUUCAAAACAAUGCAGAUGGAGCAAAAGGCAUACAAUAAACAUGACAUACUCAACUUUCAUGUAGAUAGUGGUGGCACAGUCAACCAACGACUGUCAUUAACAAAGCUCAUUAGCCUAUGCCACCAGCUCAUCCAGGACGGACUUGGUAUGUUGAGCCAUAAUUCUUUCCAGAAGGUCCAAAUGAAUUACGAUAAUUAUGAAGGCAAGAUUGUAGAAACUUAUGGCGUCGCAUUG